UCACUCUUAACAAUCUACAGUCGAAACCGGCUUGUGGAACUGUAAUCUAGUGGCACGAGGAGCACGCGAGUUAAUCUUGCCCAGCACGAACCAAUAGGAACAGCGCUGGUUGGCUCUCUAUCAGCUGACUAGCAGACAGGUUGUUUGUGGAGGAUUUGGUUAGUGCGGAAGCCUAAUAGCGUACAUAUAUACAGCUGUGUAUUAGCCCAAGUAUCUUUCUUCGUCUGACUUUCGCGAAGUGGAGGAAAGGACAGUUAUAAGUAGACCAGCAAAAUCCUUUUGAAGUCGUACACGGUAAACCUUGGCAAAGAUCAGACUUUGUAAGGUUUCUGAAGCCAGUUGUCUCCUCACUGGGUUCUGUAUUGUAGUAACAACAACGACCGAAACGUCUAGAACUUCGAUUAAACAGGUCUCAAGUGAAGUGGACUUUUCGAAACGCUGUUCCAGGGUUGACUUCCUACCAAGGAGUUUAACUUCGAACAAUGUCUCCCAUCCGGGGCUUUUACCACGUGGAAAUUGACAAAGUUGGGAACGGCAAGAGAAGGGUGUCUAAGCCCCCAGGAGGACCUAGCAGUGAUAUAUUUGGUCCAGCAAAUGGUCAUGAUGAACAUCAAUCCCGUCCAAUGAAGAACCGCAUGCAGUCUAACAUCUUUGGAGCUGGUGAUGCUUCUGGUAAUGGUUUCACCCCUCAGCGUAGAUCUUUUGAUGUUGGUGACACACAGGAUAAGCUGUUUGGGAGUGACGUGACAGACACGACACCUAGGAAAGUCGUUGACAGAAUGAAAUCUAAUGUCUUUACAGGUCCUGAACCAGUAAUUAGAUCUUACAGUGCUAAGAAAUACGGCCCCGUUCGUCGUAACCCUAUCACGGGGGAAGUUUAUGAUGACGUGUCGAAAAUGAACGGGCACACAAACGGACACAUGAACGGACGAGAAUUAUUAAACUCGCCCAUAAGUAACGGAGACCCAAGUAGUCCAAGUGACCAGUUUAUUCGUAUCAGAAAUCCCCCUGGCGGAAAAUCCUCUGGAAUAUUUUGAAUUGCCCAUUCCUGAUGUUUUGGCGAUGAGUGGAAAACUUCAUGACUUCGAAAUUUUUUUUUUUAUGUUUUCUAUUUUUGCUCAAUACUCACGCGUCAAGCCCAACAUGAAA